GAUCCUGAAAACCUGCACUGCACAGAAAUAGACUCCUCCCUAUCAAUGGCGCUCUGUGGAGGAAGUAUUCCCCUUUUACUUGCCAUCACAAGCAGGAUUAAGGAGGCUCCAGGAACAGCUUGACUGAACUGAAUCUGAAGGGGCCCUGCCCCUUGUGGUGGCCAACCCAAACCAGACAGUUAUGGAGGAGCUGAGGAUGGAUCCGAUGAUGUAAGGUUUGACCGUCCUGGGUAAUGGUGCCGAGGAACAUUAGUGACUCCACGUUGCUGACUGCUGAGUCAACUUCUCCUGAAGUCAACAGUCAUCUCCUCCGCCUUCAGAGCAUUAAGCUCCAGUUGGCGUGGCUGCUCCAGGAAACCAGCUGCUCAGCCUGCUGUCUGUAUGCAGACUCAUCAUCAUUGUGUGCGAGACCAAUCAAUGUUGUGUCUUCUGCAAAUUUAAGGAGCAUAACAGAGGGGUUCUUGGAGGUGAAUUCAUUUGUGAAGAGACAGUAGCGCAGGAGAGAGAGCACACGGCCCUGGUGGGUGCCAGUGCUGCGGGUCACUGUCUUUGAUGUGUGCUUCCCCUGCCUGUGAUCCAGCAACAGAUUGGACCAGGCUCAGGAGUUCUGGUAUGAUGCUGCUGAAUGCAGGACUGAAAUCAACAUAUAUAUAAUCCUUUCAUAUGUUCCCAUAUGUUUUGAAACAAAAGCAUGGCUCACAGUGUUUAUUACAUUCGAACAUCCACUUUAAUAGUUUCAGAGGUUUUUGGGGUCAAUUAAAAUUUUGUUUCUUCUCACGGUGUAGAUGGAAAUGCGGUCUAUUGGAGGAUAGUUGAAAUUUAUGCAUUACUAAAACUGACACGUGUUCUGUAUUUCAAAUGAAGCAAUGCAAUUUCGACAUGAUGACAGUUUAAUUUUUCUAGAGAACAGGAUUUGCUCACUUGUCACGUGUUACACAAUCAGCAAAUGUAUUCACAAAUAAAAGCACGCACGCAGACACGCAAAUUCAACGAAAUUGGGCCAAUUAGAAAAUUUUCCUUUUUAUAAAUAACAAUGAAUUCCUCUAAUCGUAUAACUUAGAGGAUGCCUAAUGAAUAGAAGAAAGAAAAUUCAGAUGGGAAGACUUUGGCUCGAUCUGCCCAGGUGGGUUUUUGUUGAAGCCAGUUCAGCAAUAAUUAUAAUUUUAGAAGUUACCUUUUUAUUAUUUAUGAAAGUAUUUUCACUGAACAAUUUUAAAUUAUCUACUACAGAUCAGGUCCGAUACAGUAGUUAAAUAUGCACGAAUGCAUGACUCCUACUAUAUCUUUAAGAGUCCUACAGUGACGUAAGCACGUUCGGCCAUUUCUGUUGCAAACACCAGCCGGCAGUGUCAGUCAAUCAACGAAUACAUUUUAGACUCCAAAAUAAUUUAGUUGCAGUCUAUAUCGCUAACACUAAGGUUCUGUUAACGGCCUAAUACUGAGCUAUGGAUGAGGAGGAAAACCAGGAAGGGCUGGCAAACAGGAAGGUUUCUCAAGGGAAAGUCCAGCGGAAAUUAUUCGUCUUCACAGAUGAAGAGGACAGUGCUGAAGAGGCAGGCAGCACCUCAGACGAAAGUGUGGGUAGUAGGCAAGUGGAUGAGGCUGAGGAGGAGAGAGAUGAAGAUGGAGAGGACAGUGAUGGGUGUCCAGAAGGGGAGGACGGUGUUAGGAAGGGGGUGGAAGCCGCUUCAGCCAGGGUCCCUGCACAGCUGCUGGAUCUGAGUUCAGACGACGAAGCGGAGAAGUGCCCCAUCUGUCUGCACUCUUUCCAGGAGCAGCCGGUGGCCACGCCCAGUGGCUGCCAGCACCACUUCUGCCUGGACUGCAUCCUGGAGUGGUCCAAGAAUGUGAACUCCUGUCCUGUUGAUCGCAUUCCCUUCAGCAGCAUCCAGCUGAGGAAGUGUCACGGGGGGAAAGUCCAAAAAACGAUCCCAGUGCAGGAGCCAGUAAAGGCGGAGGAGGAGAUCAAUGUGGAUUUUGAUCAGACCAGCUGUGAAGUGUGUGGUCGACGUGACCGGGAAGACCGCCUGCUGCUGUGUGAUGGCUGUGAUGCAGGGUACCACAUAGAGUGUUUGACUCCCCCCCUGGAUGCAGUACCUGUGGAGGAAUGGUUCUGCCCAGAGUGUACUAGUAAUAACCCCCACACAGACUCCACUGAGGAGGUGAGUGAAGACGAGGUGGCGGCCCUCCUGACCGAUGCCAUUCCCACCACCAGCCGUCUCCGGACCUCCUCCGCGGGCCGGACGCGCACCAUCGCCCGAACGCGCCAGAGCGAGCGGGUCCGAGCCACGGUGAACCGAAACCGCAUCACACAGGCGCGUGCUAUCCAGCAUGUGCCCAGGUAUUUAAUACAGUCGACCUGGCUGGAUGAGACGAUCAGUGCUGUGCUGAACUCCUCUGCAUGUGCACGCAGCGGAAGGACAGGUGAAAAACAUAGGAAAACUCAGAGGAAGAAGGCGAGUACAGAAUCCUCUUCCUCUUCCAGCAGUAAGAACAGAACUGCAGGGAAGGACUUAAAGCUACACAGAGGACACACCAGGAGCACCAAACUCGAGCAGAAACAGGUUGUGAAGAAAGACCCCGCCCACCAUUCUGGCAUCACCAAGGGCUCGACAACGGGGAAGCCGAAGCAGAGCCCCUCCACCAGACCCUUGGGAGGCCAUCCCAAAAGCAGACGUGCCUCCCUCUCCAUAUAUGGAGAUUCCUUGGAUCUGGACCCGUUUGAUGACGAGUACGUCACAGAUUGCGCAGUACAUAGCGUAGGUCCACUUACUUCUGUGUCAGCUUUAACCCGAGGCAUCUGCCGCUAUAAGAAAUUUUGGUGUUACAGGGGCAGCAUCAGUAUUUCUGAGGGAGACAUGGUGGAGGAUUCAGCCCCAGUACCUGACCUGCUUGGCAGCAUCCUGUCUGGCCAGAGCCUGCUGUUGAUGGACAGCACUACCAUGGUCAUCAAUCGAGAUGGUUCUCUCAAGCUAGGAAAGCCAGCCUGUGAAUCGUCAUCGAAGACCAGCAUCUCCAGCCACACCAAUACUUACGAGUUUGAGACUGAGGUCCAAGCAGGGAUGGCCAGUGGCUCUGGACUGAAUGGAGAUCCUGAGUCUUUCCACUCUCUCCCACAGAUACCAUCCUCAUCGCACAGCUUUCCUGGCCCCAGCUCAUCUUCGGCUACACCUACAUCUCCUCUCACACCUCUCAUCAUGCCAGGAAACGCAAAUGUCUGCUCUACAAACCUUGCGCCUGAAAAGCCCCAUAAAGUCUAUACGCCCCACCCUGUGAAUCCUGUUGGCAUGAGCCAGAGAAGCAAAACCAGCACCAGCAGUCCUUCCCUCCCUCUGAGGCACUCAAACAGCAUGUCUGAUUGGGCCACCAGAGAGAAGGGGGUGGGAUCAGGGAUGGGGACAGGGACAGUGAAACAGGUCCCUCUUAAACCUUUGUGGCUGGAUGUCUCUAGGCUUCCUCGGAUACCAAAGAUCAGAAGAGGAGCAGACAGCGGGACCAGCCUGCAGGGGGUGGCCCAGGAUGAGCAGGGGAGAGCAGAGGCCAACAGGAGACAGAAGCAGGACAGAUCAGGCACCUCCUCCUCAUCCUCUUCCUGGACUUCUGCAUUGAGCUCCUCUUCUACAGGGAGCUUCUGCAUCAGUGCCCUCAGACAAACCAGAUUCCCUACCAGCCCAGAGGGGCAGGUUACCUCCCUGGCCUCUGCAGAGAAUCAACUCUCAGAGAUGCAAAGCUGGAACAUUCAAGACCGCUUCCACCCAAUUGGCUCACGCUUGCUUGGCCCAGAGGGUGUCCCAGAGGGCGAGACUCUGGACCGUCAUGCUAAUGGUAUGAUGCCAGAAGAAAAGGGGGUGGUGCCACGCAUUUCUGGAUGUAACUCCAACAAUGCUGAUUGCCAAACAAAACCUGAAACUCUUGAGGCCAUAAGGGAGAGAAAUAAAUAUUUAGGAUACGGUGAAAAUAUGAAGAUGGAAAGAUUAUGCCCUCAAAAUUUGCCCCUUGAAGGGCAGCCUACCAUUUGUAACAGCAGAGCAGAUGUGGCAAAGAAAUGCAGGUCUCACAAUAUGCUGUCAUCCCAGAAACAAGACACCAGCUUGCGCAGUGAGAAGAAUAAAUCCAAGCCCAAGGAUCAGCGCUCCAGGUCAUCUUCAUGUUCAGCGGCAAGAGGGAAAUCUCAUCCAGAUGGGAGAGGCAGGUUGAAGGACUCCCACGCUAGGUCUGGUGGUCCAGAUGGCAGCUGGAGGGACACAGAGCCCAAGAGAAAGAGCAGGGAGGUGACUGGGAGUUGUUCCCACUCCAAAGAGAAAAAGAGAGUGCGGUCCUCACCAGAGAGCUCUCUGUCUGAGUCUCCUGAGAGACCCAGAAGGAGAAGGAGACGUUCUCCACACCAAUGGUCCCACUCCAACAGUGGACACCCAUCCAGAAACGGGGUACCCAGUGAAAGGGAUGAGUGGCGCAACAGGACAGGCAGUGAGAGCCAGGAAUUCCCUCAGCCACGGUCCAGGUCCAGGACCAGGUCUAGAGACAGGAGGAAAGACUGGGUGAAGACACAGUCCUCAUGUAGGUCAAAGUACAGAUCCACGUCAAAAGAUGGGAAGAGGCCAAGGUCCAGAUCUCUGUCAAGAGAGAAGAAAAAUGAAAAAGACUCAUCACACAGCUCUUGCUCUACAAAAAGUUCUCUGAGAACAAACUCGUCAGCAUCUCCCACAAACAUGGAAAACUACCACAAACCUGUCCCUCUCAAAUAUCCUAAAGAUCUCACAGACCAUGAAGAAAUGGAGCAGGGAAAACAGUUUUCUUCCAGUGUCGUGAGCAAACUCCUAAAAUUGAGAAGAGAAAAAAAAGCUUCUCUCAGUGGAGUCGAAGAAGAUAUCUCUGCUUUUGUGUUUCAUGAUGAGAAAGGGAAAAGUAGAACAAGGUAUAAAGAAAAAAACAAAGAAAAGAACAAAGAAAAAGAAAAAAAGGGGGGAAAAGAAAUAAAACCAGAUUUAGAGAAAAUGACGGACACUGAGCUGAUUUUGGUAAAGUCACACAUAAAAUCUUCCUGCCAGUCCCAGAUUCCCUCUUCUGUGGAAACUGAUUAUAAAUCUGCUAUUCUCCCCAUCAGAAAAAAGGAGCAGAUGACCGAUAGUGCAGGUAGUGUUUCAUCUCAGAAACUGUUUGUGGCAAAGGAGGAGAAGAGUAUGAAAGAAUCUCUACCAGCUACAGACCCAAAGAAACGGCCAAAGGAGAUCUUUGUAGAGUGCACCAAACAGCUCAGUGUGGACUACACCCUCAAUAGCCUUGAUGUCAGAAGGCCUGAUAAAGCAGAAGCAACUGGGACUGCAUGUGACAAGGGGAGAACUGUGAUUACAGACACAUCUGAGACUGUAGGUGACCUAGAGGCUACCAUGAUUACAGAUACACCUGAGACUGUAGGUGACAUGAAGGCUGCAAUGAUUACAGACAUACCUGAGACUGUAGGUGACAUGAAGGCUGCCAUGAUUACAGACACACCUGAGACUGUAGGUGACAUGAAGGCUGCCAUGAUUACAGACACACCUGAGACUGUAGGUGACAUGGAGGUUGCCAUGAUUACAGACACAUCUGUGACUGUAAGUGAAAUGGAUGGUGGCAUGAUUACAGAGUCAUUUAAGACCGUAGGUAACCUGGGGAGCAGUGCGAUUACAGACACUCCUGAGACUGUAGGUGACAUGGAGAACAGUGUGAUUACAGAGGCCUCUGAGAACGUAGGUCACAUGGAGGGUGCCGUGAUUACCGACACACCAGACACUAUUGGUGACUCAGAGAGCACUGUAAUUACAGAUGCAUCUGAGACCACUGAUGACAUGGAGAGCACCGCGAUAUCAGACGUACCCAAGAUUGCAGGUGACGUGGGAGAUACUAAGAUUAUGGACAAGCCUGCGGUCAAGAAGGAGGGCCAUCUGGCACUCAAACCUGCUGUGAUCAUGACCUUCAGUGCCUUCUCUAAACGUCCUGUGAAGAGGGUAACCUGGAGUCUGCAGGAACUGGAUGCACCUCCUGCACAACCAACAAGAAUGCUUCUUCCGAAUACCCUGAGUCAUGGCAGCAAAGAUGGUCCUGAAAUACCUGCUAGCCCCUCCCAAGUACAGGACAUGAAGAAAAUGCACCUGCAGGAAAGAGCCGUUGAGGAGGUGAAACUGGCCAUCCGGCCAUUUUUUCAGAAGAAAGAAAUCACAAAGGAUGAGUACAAAGAAAUCUGGGGCAAAGCUGUCCAGAAGAUUUGCCACUGCAAAAGUGGUGAUAUCAGCCCAGAGAGAGUUGCCAGUUUGGUGAAGGCUUAUGUGGAAAAGUAUAAGUUCCUCAAAAAACAGCAGAAGGACAGGCAGAGCCAAGAGCUGGAGGGGACCCUUUGAUAUACAGGAAGGGCGGAGCCAGGAACUGGAGGGGACCCUGUGAUAUACAGGAAGGGCAGCGCCAAGGGGUGAAGGGGAGCCUGUGGUAUAUGACAGGGGUGGAGCCAAGACAUAACUGACACUGAAGAGAAGGUGGAACUGACUGGUCAAAGGCCCUCUGUGGCAUGCUGAAGAGGGGUGGAGCGUGAAGGCUGAGGGUUAUUUCUGUCAUGGAUAUAGAAAUACUAAGUUCUCUCAUUUGGAAUAACUACCCAUGGAUUACUGUGUUUAGCAUUACUUGAAGGAAGAUAAUAAGGUGCUGCCUUCUGAGCAUUAUUGACCUUGAGGUGUGUUGGUUACUUUGUCAAAAGCUGAAGCAGCUGAAGAACUGCAGCAUCCUUAUAAAUGCAUUUUAAAGAUUAUUCUGACAACAUAUAUAUAUAUAUAUAUAUAUAUAUAUAUAUAUAUUAUAUAUAAUAUUUUCCUAAUAAUAAUGAAAUAUGCUUGCCUUUUGCCUUUAUCUGAACAAAAUUGUCUUUCAAAAAAACAGAAACUGAGACAGCAGGUGGCUGGUAGUCCUUUUGUUAAGGACAGUAGCUUUUAUUUAAAAAAUUGAGUAGGCCAGUAUUAGCAAUUGCCCAUCCCUAACCAGGGGUGGUAUGGUUGUGAUGUUCUCAACAAAACAACAAUCACACAUCACACAUCAAAUAUUUAUUAUAGACUACUGUAAAUACUAAAUUGUCCUCUGUGCCUUCAGUGUAUGGCAAAUUGUACAUUCAUGUUAACUGGUCACAGACAACAGUUUACAUUUCUUGCAUUUGUUUGCAUCUGAAAUACUAUGAGUGAUUUUUAACUGGUCGUCCUGGUCCAAACAGUUACCUCUGACACACUAUGAAAGAUUUGUGUUUUCCACGUCAUACAUAUGCUAUUUUGAACCCUUUUAUUGCAUGCCCAUCCGUUAAAUAAUAUGCUUGUCACCGAGAAUGUGUAGUGCAAUAGGCAACAUUUCGGGCUCGACCAUUUUAUUUAUUUCAAUUCUGUACUGUUUAUCAGGAAGCAUGUGUUGGGUACUUUUCACGUAAGAUGCAAAAACAAUUGUGCAAAAUAAAUUUUGAUGGAGCAGUAUUUCUCUGAUCCAUUCUGCCACUGUAGUGUUCUGCUGUCUGUGAUUGAUCGCAGUAAGGGGUUUUGUGUGAUGAUGUUGAUGAUGGGGGAAGGGUGGGAUCAAAUCCCUAGGAGAGAAUGGGCCAAGCCCACACACCUUUAAACAGUUGUGAUUGAAAAUGUAGGUUGUAAAUGUAUAUUAAAUGUAUUUAAUAACAUGAGAAAUUUAUAUAUGCAAGAAACCACCUGAAUCCAUCGGUCUCUUUCGCAGUUGCAGCUAUGUUUCAGGCAUGUUCACAUAUGAAGAAAAUAAAGAUAAUAUACAUGUGUAA